AGGUCUAGUAUAAAAAAGGUUCGAAAGACGUGUUAAAAGUAACAUUCUUUAUAAGUAUGUGGAAUACUGCGCUUUUUCGUAGAAUUGCCAAGUUUGAGAGAAUCCUAACUAACACACAUUGCAUCGUAGUGUCUACCGUUUGUCCCUAACCCAUAUUUUCUUUGCUGUGCCGAGUUCAAUUUUGUUCAGAAUGUGCGAGAUGUGCUUGCUUUGAAGAUCGUUUCCGGCGAUCUGACACGUUUCGACGAGUCGAGACCUAGUCUUUUCUCGAGUUUGCCGGGGUUAUUGUAGUAGAACAAACUCGAUCGAUAGAAAGACUCACGUCGCAAGACGCAAGUCGACGCGGGGGCCUCCGCGUUAUAUACACCAUUACCAUAUACGCUACAACCCUGACAGGAGUUGCAGAAUUUCAGGAAUCAGGAAGAUAUGCUACCACUGGCUACCCCCACAUGUCAGGUGUUACAAUAAGAUGAACUUCUUUCCGGACUUCGAAUACUCUGUCUGGUGCACGACGAACAGUACGCUAAGCGGUCCAGAUGGCAUCGAAUUCGUGGUCGUCUGUUGCGAUCAUUCUGACUACUGCAAUCGCGAUCUAAGGCCUUCUUUUCCUACUCACGAGUCCAGAGGUCGAUCAUAUUCUCGCUUCGUGAACCACCUCGAAGGAGUGUCAUCGAGCGGUGAUGACGCAACAUGGGUCACCUGGAAAAUGGCCUUGACGAUAGCAGUACCAAUAUGCGCGAUCUGCGUAGUCGUAAUGACAAUCUAUCAUAUACACGUGACCAAAAAGAGGCCGGCUAGACACUUUCCGGACGAUUCACUGGAGGCUCCGGACCGACCGAUUCUGGGCGGCGUUACUAUCAGGGACAUGUUGGAGAUGACUACGAGUGGCAGUGGCUCAGUAGGCCUGCCACUUCUGGUACAGCGGAGCAUAGCGCGCCAGAUUCAGCUAGUGGAAACGAUCGGAAAAGGUCGUUUUGGAGAAGUUUGGCGUGGUCGUUGGCGGGGUGAAAACGUCGCCGUGAAGAUUUUCAGCUCGCGAGAAGAGAGAUCCUGGUUUCGGGAGGCCGAAAUUUAUCAGACGGUGAUGCUGAGGCAUGACAAUAUCCUAGGUUUUAUCGCUGCCGAUAACAAAGAUAACGGCACGUGGACACAGCUGUGGCUGAUUACGGAUUAUCAUGAGAAGGGUUCACUCUUCGAUUAUCUCAACAGAUCGACCGUCGACACGAAUGGUAUGAUAAGGAUGGCCUUGUCGAUCGCCACUGGUUUGGCGCAUCUUCACAUGGAAAUAGUCGGCACGCAAGGCAAGCCAGCCAUCGCUCAUCGGGACCUGAAGUCAAAAAAUAUUCUCGUAAAGACUAAUGGUACCUGCGCUAUAGGCGACCUCGGUUUGGCCGCCAGGCACGACGUAAUCACGGAUACUGUCGACAUUCAACUCAAUAACAGAGUCGGCACGAAGAGAUACAUGGCGCCUGAAGUUCUUGAAGAGACGAUAAACAUGAACCACUUCGACUCGUUCAAGAGGGCCGAUGUGUACGCACUCGGUCUGAUCUUCUGGGAGAUCGCUAGGCGUUGCAAUGUCGGCGGGAUUCACGACGAGUAUCAGUUGCCCUUUUACGAUUUGGUGCCUUCCGAUCCAACUAUUGAGGAAAUGAGAAAAGUUGUAUGCACUGAUCGACAGCGACCAUCGAUACCGAAUCGAUGGCAAUCGAUUGACGCUCUGCAGGUAAUGUCGAAAGUAAUGAAGGAAUGUUGGUAUCAUAACGCUGCCGCCAGGCUAACUGCACUCAGGAUCAAGAAAUCGCUCGCUAAUUAUGGCGCUAUGGAUGACCUGAAAUAGAUUAAGCAGUUGCCGAGUUCUUCGAUGAGAAA